AUGUUGCUUUGUUUACUCUAGAUACACUUUAUACUGCUGUUCAGUCGGCAGGGGAAGUUAAGGCUUCAGAAAUGGUACACGACGCUACCUGAUAAAGAGAAGAAAAAGAUCAUUCGAGAAAUUAUUCAGAUUAUUUUGUCUCGCAAUCAAAAAACAAGUAGUUUUGUUGACUGGAAAGACCUCAAGCUUGUUUACAAAAGGUAUGCUAGUUUGUAUUUCUGCUGUGCAAUAGAAGACCAGGAUAACGAGCUGCUGACACUAGAGGUCGUUCAUCGAUAUGUGGAGCUCCUGGACAGAUACUUUGGAAACGUGUGCGAGCUGGAUAUUAUCUUCAAUUUUGAAAAAGCUUAUUUUAUUCUUGAUGAGUUUAUAAUUGGUGGAGAAGUACAAGAGACUUCAAAGAAGACUGCAGUGAAAGCCAUAGAAGACUCUGACAUGUUGCAGGAGACAGUGGAAGAAUAUAUGAACAAGCCUGCAUUUUAAUGUUAAACUACCUGGAGAGAAAACUGCUGUAUGCACCUCUAAAGUGCACUUCCUGAAAUUCUUCCCAAUGUGCCAGAUACUCAGAGGAAUACCAAAAACCAAUAACUGAAAGGGUUUGUUUGUAUAAUGGUGAAGAUGAAGGUCAGCUAAUGUAGCAAAGGGUUUAACAAUUCCGUGCUUUGCAUUACUCUGUACAUGAGUUUCUCAGAGUUGUUAUUGCCCCAGUCUAGUUUCUCUUCUUGUUGCUGGACUCAAUUCUUGUUUUAUACCACGUCUUUUAGCUACGGGUUUUGUCAUCACAAAAUGCUCCUCUGACAAUACUUUGAGGAGGUAUUUUUACUAAUUUUGUUCACUGCUGACUGUAUGACUCUACUUUUGUACAAGUGUCCAUUAUUUUGAAUGUAAUGGUUAUUCUGCUGUAAUAAUAAUUUUUUU